AUGGCAACUGGUCCUGCUUCACAAGACCGAAUUGAUGAGAUAAAAGCCAAAAUGAAGGAGGAGGCUGCUGAGGUGCUGUGGCGCAAGAAACUCCGGGAUCGACUUAGAGGAGCUCGGAAGGGAACGGAUGGUGUUGAAGUGACCAGGCAGGCACUCAAUUCUCGGGAUAAGAGUAUUACGAAAAUCGCCAAGUUGCUGAACCGACUGCGUAGACUGUCUGGCGAGCCCUCUUCCGAUGGAACCAUCUCCGAGAUGAAGAAACUUAAUUGCACUAUGUAG